UGAAAAAAAAAAAAUUAAAAAAAAGAGGAAGAAGAAGAAAUACUCAAAUUCUGGAAGUCGGGAAUUUGGAGUUUCUCCUUGUAUAACCCCUUCUGUUGUGCUGACUGUGAAGCACAGUAAUAGAAGCAGAAGCAGUCUAAAAAUGGCGGCGGUGGCGCGCUUUCUUCCAUGGACGGCGAUUUCCGAAAAUCCGGCGAAAGUUUCCGGGUGGCGCAGUCAGUUCUCCCGCUUACUCUUCAAUUCAGUAUCAUCUCUCCUUCCCUUUCGUUACCCCAACUACGCCGUCGUUUCGUUCUGCUCCCUCUCUCAUAGCUCCUCUGAUACUGAUACUUCCGACAUCACCCUUCCACAGUCUCCAAAACAGGGGAACUUGAAGCCAGGGCUUUAUUUAGUAGGGACUCCCAUUGGUAAUCUUGAAGAUAUCACAUUGCGUGCGUUGCGGGUGCUGAAAUCAGCUGACGUGAUACUUUCUGAGGACACGAGGCAUUCGGGAAAGUUGCUUCACUAUUAUGGAAUUAAGACGCCCCUUAUGAGUUAUCACAAGUUUAAUGAGUAUCAGAGAGGAAGAACAGUUUUGAAACGUUUACAGGAGGGUGAAAUUGUCGCUCUGAUUAGCGAUGCUGGGAUGCCUGGCAUUAGUGAUCCUGGAACAGAAUUGGUGAAGCUGUGCGUUGAAGAAAAAAUCAUUGUAGUUCCAAUCCCUGGACCUUCAGCUGUACUUUCAGCUCUCUCUGCCUCGGGUUUGCCAACCGAUGACUUCACCUUCGUUGGAUUUCUUCCUAAGCAUGCCGGGUCUAGGAGAGAAAGGCUCUUGUUCUCAGCCGAUCAGAGUGCAACACAGAUUUUCUUUGUUCCUCCACACAAGCUACUUCAGUUUCUUGAAGAAACUUCUUCAGUUUUUGGCGACUCAAGGAAAUGUGUCAUAGCUCGAGAAAUGACCAAAAUCCAUGAAGAGUUUUGGCGGGGAACCUUUCAAGAAGCUAAGGAGGCAUUUGUAUCUCGAAAACCGAAGGGAGAAAUGACACUUCUAGUAGAGGGAAAGGCAAAGUGCAUUGAUGAACCUCCGCCGGAUUCUCAGAUUGAGGAUGAACUCAGGGAGCUCAUAACCAGUGGGCAUAGUCUGUCAACGGCUGUCAAGUUGGUUGCUGAAGGGACAUCAAGGAAAAGAAAGGAAGUUUACUCACUUGCAUUAAGGAAAUUUGGGAAGCAACUUGUGGAAGAGGAAUGAAAUGAAAGGCAGAAACCAUGUUUUAUUUUUUGUCAAUGACAAUCUUCAAGCCUCGGAGUGAUAGAGGUAGUAAUUUUGCACUACAGAAUUGCAGAAGAAUCCUUGAAAUUUCCUUUUACGGAGUUAGCAUGGUUAAUAUCAUUAAAGAGGCUUAAAACAUGAGCUCUUUGAACUUGGUUGUUGAAGCUGAGAUAACAUUUGGGGAAAGGUCUGUCAUGUGCUCUGAAGAUUUUGCUGUAAUCAAAAUAAGCGGUUGGUGGGAAGAUUAUAAAGGUAAUUUAUGUAAAUGGUCCAGCAUCGAGUAUUUGAUGUAGCACGAUGUGUUAAACUGUGUCAUUAGUGAAGAUGGUAAGUCGAUGAAUGAAUGGUUCGAGUUAGUAGCAGUAGCAUUUAGAUAUAGCAGGGACCAUGAGAAUACAAGACUAAUUGUAAGGUAUAUUAUGUAUAUACUUGGCAUAUUGUUAUGGUUGGGCGAUUUCAUAUACUUCAUAUCUGAUAUUACGUAUUUCGUAGGACAGUUAAGCAAUAAGUAUCAGUUUUCCUGGUCUCGCAUUUGUGAUUUGUGUAGUGGGUGCACCCUUUAUUUAGUUUGUAUAAUUGAUGAGAAAUGAAUUGAGCAAACUGGAGCCAUAUUGUA